GCCGGCGGCCAGUCGUUUGACGCCUGCCGCGCGAGCGGGUGUCGCUACGGGAAGAGCGAGUGUCGCACGAGCCGCCAGCCGGCGCGUUAUGGACGUUGCAUGAGCGGGCGCGAGCGCGACCGCUGGAGCCGACGGGCACGCCGGUCGUGGAGCGCGCGCCGUGGGCCCCGGGCGGCGCGGGCAUGCGCUUCGAGGGCGCGGAGCGGCGCGACGCCGUCGCCUUCCACCCGUUGCUGGCGCCGCGGCCGAGCGACUUCUCGGUGUCGGCGCUGCUGACGGCCGGCGCGCUGCCGCCGCCGCCGUACCUGCCAGCCGCACUCGCCGCUGCCGCCGCGCUGUCCGCGCCCUGUCCGCUGCUCAAGCCGCCGCCGCCGCCGUACGCGCCGUUGCCGCCAGACGACGACGGUGUCGUCGACGACCCCAAGGUCACGCUCGAAGGCAAGGACCUGUGGGAAAAGUUCCACAAGCUGGGCACCGAGAUGGUGAUCACCAAGAGUGGCAGACGUAUGUUUCCUGCCUACAAACUUCGCGUUUCUGGUCUUGAUAAAAAAGCAAAAUACAUUUUGCUAAUGGACAUCGUAGCUGCCGACGAUUGCAGAUACAAAUUCCACAACAGUCGAUGGAUGGUGGCCGGGAAGGCGGACCCUGAGAUGCCGAAGAGGAUGUACAUCCACCCAGACUCGCCUUCCACGGGCGAGCAGUGGAUGCAGAAGGUGGUUUCCUUCCACAAACUGAAACUGACAAACAACAUUAGUGACAAGCACGGUUUCGAGCUCAUCUAUUGCCAAAGUCAACGGAUGUUGUCAAAGUUGCUGUGGCCCAACGCAGGGCCUAGUGCGCCCAGAGAACCCCACUCAGACCAUUUGUGUGUCACACAGACGAUCCUGAACUCCAUGCACAAGUACCAGCCGAGGUUCCACCUGGUGAGGGCCAACGAUAUCCUCAAGCUGCCCUACUCCACCUUCAGGACCUAUGUCUUCAAAGAGACGGAGUUCAUCGCUGUUACUGCCUACCAGAAUGAGAAGAUAACACAACUGAAGAUCGACAACAAUCCGUUCGCGAAAGGCUUCCGGGACACGGGAGCAGGCAAACGGGAAAAGAAUUUGUCGGUGUACCGCAGGCAAGCGAUGCUGACGGCGAGGUCCGACAACCGGGACGAUGACGACGAGCGACCGCUCGACGUCGGCGGGCCUUCGUCGCCUCCACCGCCUUCUACGCAGCAUAAUACUAGCUCGUGGUUCAGUUCGAGCGGAGGUGGCGGCGACUCCGGUGCUGAAGAAGGCAUCGAGGCAGGGUCGGACUCCUCGUGCUCUGCAGGGCGCGCUCCCUCCCCGCCCGCGGGACCCUCGCGGCCUUCCCCGGCGCCCGACGUGUCGCUGGGCCCCCCGGUGCAGCCGCCGCUGUUGCCGUACCUGUACCCGCCCUCCCUGUACCCCCCGCCAUUCUUCCCGCCUCACCAGAUGCCGCCGGGGCUGCUGUUUAACCUGCACCCGCUGCUGCAGCAGUACUCGCUGCCGCCGCCGCCGGCGCCGCCCGGGCCGCACGCGCCGCCCGGCAAGGCGCACCGGUUCGCGCCGUACGCGCUGCCGGGGCUGGGCUCCGCGUUCGAGCAGGUGGCGCCGCGCGCGCGCUCGCUGAGCGGGUCCCCGGCGCGGCGGCCGGGCUCGCCAGCCGCGCGGGCCGCGUCCGCCGAGCCGCCGCCCGAGCCGCCCAGCUCCACCACGCCCGCCACGCCGCCCGCCUCCGACCUCAAGAGCAUCGAGCGCAUGGUGAACGGCCUGGACGUCGACACGCAGGACUGAUCGACGUGCUGUAUGUACAUACGGUGUAUUUAUAUGGUGGGCCCCGGCCGACGUUUUGUAUCGUUCCUAUUUUGUUUUUUCUUUCGAGUUCUAUUCGGGUCGAUAUUCGUAUACUGAUUGUAAAUAGUUAAGCUUAUUUAGGAUUCACAAUAUAAGGUUCUGUUGACGGGCGGUGUCGCGGUGUGACCAUCUUACCAACCAGUUCAUAUCAUCAAACUUUCCUGGCUGUUCACACAGUUAUAGUUGCAAUAUGAAUGUUGUCUGUCCCCGCGGCACCGCUCGUCCGAGUAGCAACCCUCACGAUAGCGACACAUAGCUACACCGCAAUAGCAAUAGUUUUAAAUUAAUACUCUGACUUCGACUCAACACGGAUUGUAGAUGUGAUGUUCAAAAACCUUUACAAUUUGUCAACAUUCCUUGCCAAAAAAAAAUUUUAUUACAAAUAACUAUUGGUUGGACAUGAAUAUGAUUAACAAAAAGUGUUCUAUGUGAUUUUAAUUCUAAUCAGCUAAAAAAUCGGUUUCCUUCCUAUUUUUAUCGGUGUGGUCUAGGACUUGGCAAGUCCUGGGAAGCAAGUCAAUGACGGACAUGAAUGACGUGAAAUUACUGAUUUUCUUUAUUUUGCAAAUUAUUUUUCCAAAAUAAAAGUUAUUAUUUUUUGUUUCCUUUUUGUAUUAUGAUUGUUUAUGAUCGUUGAUUUUGUUUUUUAUUCUGAUUUUGAAUUAAAGUAAAUAAUUUCUUUAUUUUUCAUUCAAUUAUUGAUUGUAAUUAAACGUCACAACUACAAAUCGUUAAAAUCGAACAUUAAUUUCAUUUCCCACUUGGAAUAAUAAUUAAAAUAUAAUUAUUAAUAAUAUCGCUUUAUUUUGUAAAUACAUUUUGUAAGGUAUAUUUACGUGUUUAACUAAUAAAUGAAUAGACAUAUUUUGAAAAUAUGUUUUGUCAAUUGUGCUGUGAGAUGGCGCGCGUUCAAUUGUUAUUUUAGAAGUAAAAAAAAACCUUUUUGAAUUACAUAACUGCGAAAACGAUAAGAAAAUAGACAAACCUUCUAUAAAAAUCUAUGAAUAAAAUUAUAAUAGACCAUAGAGCAGGUACUCAAAUGCAAUAAAAAAUAUAACAUUCUAAAAAAUGUCUCUGCUUCAUAAA